ACACACACAGGUGUAGCUGCACAAAGUUGGAGCUGAACUGCAGUAAAAAAAAGCAUGGAACAGUCAGCACAGAUCCAGCAGGAUGAUUUCUCACACUUCCAACUCAUUCAACAACCGGCCCCUCAGCCUGUUACCCUCUUCCAGCAACUGCCCUCAGCAAUGUCUCCACCUGCACCAACUUUAAGGCCAGGACACAUCAGGGAGGACCUUGUAGAGUUGAUGAUGAUGCAGAAUGCUCAGAUGCACCAGGUCAUCAUGAACAACAUGACCAUGUCUGCACUCAGUUCUUUUGGCUACAUGCAAGCACCUGAGCAUCCAGGUCCCCCUGUAACAGCUGAGAUUGAUCCAGAGGUGUAUCAUCACCACUACCCCUGUCCCCCCUGCGUAUCUUACCCUGUAUGGGUUCCUAUGUCUAUGGCACCGAUGCAGUCUCACGUCCCUCUUCAGACCAUUCCGAGCUUUCACGAUCCUAUGAACCCUCUAUACAACGUCCACACAGAACACAGAGACAGGAAAGCUGUUCCUCCUCCACCACCACCCAGCGCAACAGGUACUGUUGGACCAGACGUUCCUCCUGCUGCUGAGUAUUAUGAUGCAGAAAGAAGGCAGCACAGACAAGAUUAGACACAGACCUGAAACAGAAACAAUAAGCUAACUUGGAUGGACUUUCAUAUAAACACUGACAAACAGUACAUCAAAUCAAGAGCUAAUUGAGCAUUCUUGCUGUGUAAUGUGAGAACCUAUUGUAAUAAAGUGAUUAAAUAACAGUUAAAUUACUUCAUUUAAUCACUUUAGCCUGUUCUCUUUAGGAGUAGACAAUGAAAUAAAUCUCCUUAAUGGUUACAAUUUACUUUUCUAUCAUACCUAAUGAAUUACGUCUUCACAUUCAUCUGAGACUUUUUCCUCAUGAAAUAUUUCAUUCACUUGUGCUAAUGUUGUAAAAUUUGAAAGACAAUUCAUGAUUUUCCAAAUUUUUCUUAGAGAUCUCCAAAGUCUAGGAAAAGCACAAUAAGUCUGAUUCCAUCAUAUGAUUUAGAAGUCGCUAAUGGGCCAUGCAUCUCUUUGCUUUGUUGAUUUGAAAUUAUUAGUUUCUAACAGUGCAGCAGGUAGCAGCAUUCUUUUCAAAAGUAUCAGGAUAUCUUUUGAUUAUAAACAUACGGUAAAGGUGGAGCCCAAACGCAAAAAAGAGAUAAAAGAGAAAGAACUGGACAGGGCAAAUCUCCCACAAUUAGAUAAAUGGCCAUCAAAUAAGUAACCUGACUAGCUUUGUUGUUAUUUGGUCAUAUCCACCAUGCCAGAACUCGCAUUUAGUGCUGUGAUUUUUAAAGCUUUGAACUCAGGUAGCAGUGCCAGAAUAGUGCUGUCAUUAUUUCCAUGUGAAUAACUUGUUGCUUAGUAUGCCUUCCACCACUGGCAAAUACUAUUAAUGAUUAAUGAUAACUACAGUGAAAUAAACAGGAACAGGAUGUAGUUAGCAAAGUGAUGACUGCAAGUGGGCUCACUGCUAGUAGUUGAGGUGAAUAACCUUUUUGUGAUAACAUUUACCCACCUCUUCUGUAAGAUCAUCAUUGCAACUGGUAAAGUACUGCAAACAGAUUCCACUAGAGUCAAACUGAACAAAUACACAUACACUUUUGGUUUGUUAAUAUUUAUCCAGACCAGUACUGAUACUGAUACUCGCUAUCAAAUUGCAGAUACCCAAUUUUUUUAAAAUGCUCUUUAAAAAGAAAUUCACAAGUGAUUAUUUUCCUAUAACAGAAUGACCUGAAAUGUUUAUUCUUCUUACAUCACAAUAGUUUUUCAGGGAUUACAUUUUGCAUUAGUCGAAGAAGGACAUGUUUUACUGAUAAAAGUUUACAGGCACAUUUAAUGUUUUGGAACAUCUGUGAAACCUACAGUGUAACAGCAAUAAACAGUUGUUUCUUCACCAGCUUCUCUUUUUCCUUUCUCUUGACUUUAGGAAGAAAAAAAAUGCUUCACAUGUUACAGAGAAAUUAGAAAAGUGGAAAAAUGAAAAGUGACCAAGUCACUUUUCAUUGCUAUACAAUUGAUAACACACUAGAACAGCAGGCUAAUAUAAACCUGUGACCUGCCUUGCAGUCAGGACUAUUGCCAGAGCAGGCUGACUCGGAACUUCACCAGACUGCUCUGGCAGUAGUCCUGGCUGCAAAGCACUGACGUUCUAAACUUUAUUGCAAAACUAACAAAGAAUUUAAAGCAGUAAUAAUAGCAAAACAAAACUUAAUAUUAUUAAAGAA